CUGCACCCCCAAAAUAACCUCUUUGACGUGAUUUUCUCCAUGGAAAUAAUCGGCGACUCGAGAUCUCUGGGGGUCAUCUGAAAAGAUCGCCGGCGUCGAUUUCAUCCUCCACCGAUGGCGGAGUCGGCGAAGAACAAGGAGGAUUUCUCCGAUCUGAUCCAGCGUUUUGUUGAAUCCCUAGCUGCGAUCUCCGAUCGCCUCCCCUUCGAGAUCGAUCGAAAGAGACUACACUCUGUCACAACCUUUGCUGCUCUUUCGGUCGCAAUUAUCUUUGCUUGGAAGCUCUUGAGGGCUCCUCCAGAGAACCAUAGAAGACAACCUAGAAGGCGUACUCCAGUUUCUGGUCCUUCUGGUGUCAGAUUGCAUUCAAGUACAACUUUCUCGUCCCCUGAAAUUUGUUCGUCUUCUGGAGACUCAAAAGCACUUGAUGCAGUUGAUGAGCUGUUCCGACCAGUAAAGCUGACUCUGGAGCAACUUGUCAGGCAUAAGCUAAGUGAAGGGAGAAAGGUAGUUUUCCAACUUGCACAAUUACAGUUUUUAAUUGUCUUCUAGUACAUGCACAUUCUUGGGAACUCUUUCUAACAGUAGCUUACUGUUUUUCUAUGAAUCCACCAACCUUCUUUCAGUUUAUGCCACUGAUUUAUUGAAAGAAUUAAUAAUGUUAGCUGAAACUAGAGUUUUGGUCCACUAGCAAGGAAAUUAAGCCUAUAUGCUCGUUUUGUUAUAUCUGAUCUGUACUCGGUAUAUAUCUCCAAGGUAUGCCAUUAAUUGGGUAUAAUGAAAUCUGAUAUUUAUUAGUGUUUGGGUAUUAUAAAAGUAGAGGGGUAGACAAAAGUUGGUAAUAAGGAAUUCCAAAAUUUAUGAGAUAUGCCCAUAAUUGUUAUUCUUUGGGAUACCAAGUUUAUGAGAUUUGACAUGUUUAUAACCGUAUGUAUAUACCAACUUUAUGAAAUAUUGGCCAUACUAGCUCGUGUAAUGAAGAGUUCUUCACUCAAAAUCUAUAGGGGUAUAAUCAUGUCAAUUCUAAGCAACUGAUUAUAAUUUAUAUAAUGAAACCAGCUAAAUAUCCACCCAAAAAAA